AUGGGAAACACUGGGGCGACUGUGGAGGAUCUACAAGCUUGUGAGAGUCAUCAUUGGUACAGAAAAUUCAUGACCGAGUGCCCAUCUGGACUUCUCACCUUUUACGAGUUCAAGCAGUUCUUUGGCCUGAGGAACCUGUCGGAUACGUCUAACGCCUACGUUAGGACCAUGUUUACAACGUUUGAUAUGAAUAAUGAUGGCUUCAUUGAUUUCAUGGAGUACGUAGCCGCUCUGAGCCUGGUGCUGAAGGGAGGAGUGCAGCAGAAGCUCCGCUGGUACUUUAAACUGUAUGAUGUUGACGGGAGCGGCUACAUCGACCGUGACGAGCUGCUGCAGAUAAUUAAGUCCAUCCGUGCAAUCAAUGGGAUUCCUUGUGUGAUAUCAGCAGAGGACUUUGCCAACAUGGUGUUUGACAAGAUUGACAUCAAUGGAGAUGGUGAACUUUCCUAUGAAGAGUUCAUGGAUGGGGUUCAGAACGACGCCAUGCUGCUGACUACACUAACAGAGAGUUUGGACCUCACACACAUUGUCCAAAAAAUCGAAGGAGAGAUGAAGGCCAAAGUAUAAUAUCUCAAACUUUAUGGACUCUAAAAUAUACAUUUUCGUAUAACUGUGCCAGAGCUGAAGAUGUGGGUUCACGAUAACCCACAAAUCAUCAGGACAAAUGGGUGUGGACUAAACUCUGGGUCAUUGUCAAAGUGCAGCACGGUCGGUUGUACUGUUUUGGUUUUUCCUCACAUAUUCAUGAGCCGGCGAAGACUUUCCUUCUCCCCCAAAUAUUAAACUUGCAUUCAAUGAAAGGACACAAACUUUAAAAAUCAGUUCUCAGGAGCAUCCUCUGCUGGACUGCAGCUGAAAUGACACACUAAAUGAUUUCCCUCCAAUGUGCAUUAGGUGCCAUUAUUUCCAUUCAUUUUAGCCAUCGCAUGCUGUUUGACAUUAAAUACAUGUUGAACUUUAUGUGUUUAGGUAAAACCUACUAUUCAGACACCCAUUGACUUCCUUUAUAUACAUAUAUACUUUAUAUAUAUUGAAAG